AAACGGGGAGUACCGCUAGCUGACAGUGGCGCGCGAUAUCACUGGUCAUUUAAACUGAACAGAUUGUAAAGAAAAGAUUUACGAUCUAAAUAACCACCUUUCAUUUACUAUGUGUUAUGACAAUAUUGACUUCCAUUUAAAAGUUCAUCGUUUGAAUUUUGACUAGAUUUCAAGGAAUGCCGGUUGGGAAAGUCUUUGGAGACCAGAAAUGACACCAUUUUGAAAUGUAUGAAAAUGGAAUUAAAAGAUCAGAGAGGCUGCAUACAAAACACACAGGCUGUGAGAGUCAUCGACCACGUGUUGUCACUGUUGUGUUGUGGCAGGGGACACUCUUCUUUGACUAAUAUCAAAAUUCUCGGAGACCGUUUACAGCAGCACGGGUAUCUGCAGCGUGAAACAUGGGAGAAAAAACACCCGAUAACCAAGGACAAAAUUCUGCUGUUGAAUUGGAUCAAAGAACACAUUUCUCCGAAAACCUUCCAAGUAAAAGAAACGCUGCUCUGCUGUGUUCACGAUUUGAAGCUAUUGGAAGAUAAGGAUCUGUUAGAAAUUGAGAAUUUUGAAUUGAACCAAGCGAUGAAUAUUUUAUUCGACAUUCAACAUAGCAGCAGGGGAAUCGAAGAGCGUAAUUCUAGUCCACUACCCGCACACAUCAAACGGACGCACAAUUCACCACAGGUGUCUACAAAAACAUCCAAAACACCCGGCAAUCCCGGAACACAUAAAGAUAAAACGUCAACUAUUGAAGUUAAAAGAUAUUCAUCAGAGAAGGGGGAUUUAACACCGCAACCUAGGUCCCCGGCCACAGGAUCCCAAUCUAACGAUAAAAAAAUUAAUGGAAAAAUAUCGAAGAAUGGCACAUCUAACGAGACGGUACAACGUAAAAAACAGUUAGGCUCAUCCUCGCCAUGCUUGUCUAGGCCGGAGAGUACAAGUAGUACAGCAGUGUCUGAGAAGUCUUACUUACAUUUACACCGCGAAAAGAAAGCCCAUCAACAGCCGUCAGAAAGUGACCAUACAAGUCCGAGUGUAGCGCAUUCAAACACAACCUCCGAUACACAGACAACCCAUCAACAAACGGGGAAAAGAAGAUUGACAUCUAAGUUCAAAUUAGAGCACAUGGAAACUAUUCUAAAUCGCUUGAUGCUUCGCCCAUCUGAGGAUAAACGUAAAUUUAGUAAUAUCGUUGAUGUAUUAAGUCACGAUAUGCGAAAGAAAGGCAUGAAAAAUGUUCUCAUUCAAUAUCUGCAUGAAAAUCAACCCAAAUAUUCCCUAAAGCAUAUCGGGUUCAGCGACGGUGGGGAGUGGAGCCUGUUUCUGCGAACUGAAUGUCCAGACGCCUUGCUGGCUUACGCAGUCGCACAGCAGUACCAAGUGCUUUUGCAUGUUAUUUCCUUUGGAGUAGACAGCACAGAAGAGAUAAAGUUUUAUCCAUCUCCUCAUGUCCAGAAUGACGAAGAGAGGCAUGUAUACGUUGCCUAUCUUGCUGACGACAGUUUUCUACCUCUGCUUCCCAUGAAUGCAUCAGAUUUCCCGUCCCACGUAGCCAGUUCGUCGGAGUUCAGAAAAUGCUUAAACAAGAUAGAGGACUUGGAGAAAGAGAACAGAUUGCUGAGGACGAAGUUGCACGCCGUGGAGGUCGCGGAAGAUGAUGACGACCUUCCGGAAGAUCAAAAGGUGGCGCUCAGCAAUCAUGUGUCUCUUAGACUUCGGCGAAAUAGUAACAACAUGGAGAUUGACACACUUCGUCAGCAGUUGCAUCUGAUAAAGAUCAAAGCUGAACAUAAACGAAUAUAAUAGCUUUUUACUAAUGAAACAAUAAAUUCAUUGUUGUGGUUUCGAAA